GGCGCUGCGGCCGGGACUUCCUGUGACGGCCCAUUUCCUGGUCGGAUGGGGCCGGCGGGGGGCGGCGGCGGCGGCCUCGGUGCCUGACGGGCUCGGUGGCCGCCGGGAGCUCCGCCGCGCCGCGUCCGCGCAGCGAUGCGGGCCCCGGGCCCUGCCGGCAGGCGGCCCCCGCCGUGACCCGCGGCGCCCGGCGCUGGGGCGGGCCGGCUCGGGCUGCAUGGAGGCACCCGCCGCCCGCGCGCAGGUGUGAAUCCCCGCGGAGACCGCGGCUCGCUCCCUCCCGCCCGGCGCCGCCGUCCCUCCCCUCGCAGGAGCCCGGCGGCGGCAGCGGGACCCCGGCGGCGGCGGCGGCGGCGGCAUCGCCCCCGCGGCGGCGGCGGCCCUGAGCCAUGAAGAAGUUUUUCGACUCGCGGCGGGAGCAGGGCGGCUCGGGCCCGGGCUCGGGCGCCAGCGGCGGCGGCGGCGGCAGCGGCGGCCCCGGCAGCGGCUACAUCGGGCGGGUGUUCAGCAUCGGCCGCUGCCAGGUGACGGUGGACGAGGUGCUGGCCGAAGGUGGAUUUGCAAUAGUGUUUCUUGUAAGGACUAACAAUGGGGUGAAGUGUGCCCUGAAACGGAUGUACGUCAAUAACGAGUAUGACUUGCAAGUCUGCAAAAGAGAAAUCCAAAUCAUGCGAGAUCUGUCUGGCCACAAGAAUAUUGUUGGAUAUAUUGAUUCCAGUAUAAACUCAGUAAGCAGCGGCGACGUGUGGGAAGUGCUGAUACUAAUGGACUUCUGCCGAGGAGGUCAAGUGGUGAACCUCAUGAACCAACGCUUGCAAACGGGGUUCACUGAGAACGAGGUCCUGCAGAUCUUCUGCGACACCUGUGAAGCUGUAGCGAGAUUGCAUCAGUGUAAGACGCCGAUAAUCCACAGGGAUUUGAAGGUUGAAAAUAUCCUGCUGCAUGAUCGUGGCCACUACGUCCUGUGUGACUUUGGAAGCGCUACCAACAAAUUCCAGAACCCUCAAACAGAAGGGGUGAACGCAGUAGAAGAGGAGAUCAAAAAGUACACUACGUUAUCCUACAGAGCACCAGAAAUGGUCAACCUGUAUAGUGGCAAACUUAUUACUACAAAAGCAGACAUAUGGGCCCUUGGCUGUUUGCUGUACAAGCUGUGUUACUUCACGUUGCCAUUUGGGGAGAGUCAGGUAGCAAUCUGCGAUGGCAAUUUCACCAUUCCAGAUAAUUCUCGGCAUUCGCAAGACAUGCACUGCCUCAUCCGGUAUAUGCUUGAGCCAGACCCUGAUAAGAGACCUGAUAUUUACCAGGUCUCCUACUUUGCAUUCAAAUUGGCAAAGAAGGAGUGCCCCGUCCAAAAUGUCCAGAACUCUCCAAUCCCCGCUAAGCUUCCAGACCCGGUCAAAGCAAGUGAGGCUGCAGCAAAGAAGAGCCAACCAAAGGCCAGGCUGACAGAUCCUAUUCCUACGACGGAAACUUCCAUAGCACCCCGCCAGAGACCUAAAGCAGGACAGACGCAACCCAACCCUGGAAUUCUACCCAUUCAGCCAGCCCUGACGCCCAGGAAGAGGCCCACGGCCCAAGCGGCCAUUCAGCCGCAAGUUGCAGGACCUGCCGCCCUGGGCAGCAGCCAGCCUUCGCUCCCUGCGAGCGUCCCCCAGCCAAAAGCACCGCCGCAACAGACGCCGGCACAGCCGCAGACCAAACAGGCGCCGGCUCCGCAGCAGGCUUCCCAGGCGCAGUCCCAGGUCCCGUCUACUCAGCCGCAAGCCACCCCUCAGCAUCAGCAGCAGCUUUUCUUGAAACAGCAACUACUGCAGCAGCAGCAGCAGCAACAGGCUGCGUAUUACCAGCAGCAGCAGAUAAUGCAAGCUCAGCAGUUCCCAGUGAUGCAGCAAGGAGCGCCGGCACAGCAGCAACUGAUGCAGAACUACUACCAGCAGCAGCAGCAGAUGAUGGCCCAGCAGGCAGCAAUGCAGCAGAAAACAGCAGUAGCAGCAGCUCAGCAGAAGCAACAGGCCCCAGCACCGCCGCAGCCCCAGGCCCAGCAGGCUGCGGCCCAGCCGGCGCCUCCGCAGGAGCAAGUGAUGCAGGCACAAAUACGGCAACAGCAAAAACCUCAAACCACACCCCCUGCGGCUGUGCAGGGGCAGAAGCUGGGCUCUCUCACCCCUCCGUCGUCGCCCAAGACGCAGCGUGCGGGACACAGGAGGAUUCUGAGCGACGUGACACACAGUGCCGUUUUUGGGGUUCCAGCUAGCAAGUCUACCCAGCUCCUGCAGGCAGCUGCUGCUGAAGCCAGUCUCAACAAGUCCAAGUCUGCUUCCACUACACCCUCGGGUUCCCCGAGGACCUCACAGCAGAAUGUGUAUAACCCGCCCGAUGUCUCCACGUGGAAUCCGUUUGAUGAUGACAACUUCUCCAAGCUCACAGCUGAGGAGCUGCUGAACAAGGACUUUGCCAAGCUGGGUGAUGGGAAAGCUCCAGAAAAGAUGGGCAGUUCCACAGAGAACCUGAUUCCAGGUUUCCAGCCGGCUUCAGCUGCACCCCAGGCAGAUGCGUUUGGUGGCUCUUCUUUCACCACUGGAUCAGCUGAAAAAACGAAAGACAUUCUGAGUUUGGACACUAGCCCUCCUCUUCUGACUGUGCCUGAUCCUUUCAUUCCUCUCCCAUUAUCCGACGCACCAGAAAAACUGAUUGAGGGACUCAAAUCUCCUGAGACUGCACUUCUGCUCCCUGAUAUCCUGCCUCUCGCUGACCCCUUCGGUAGCACCUCAGAUGCUGUGAAUGGAAAACCUGACGUAGCUGUUGAGAGUCUCAUACCGGGCCUCGAGGCUCCGUUGCCCCAACGCCUGGUGUCACAGACUGAGUCGGUUGCUUCCAACAGAACAGACUCUCUCACUGGAGAAGACUCUCUGCUUGACUGUUCUCUGCUUUCUAACCCUGCUGCUGACCUCUUGGAUGAGUUUGCUCCUGUAGCUUUUGCAGCUCAACCUCACAAAGAAGAUACUAACCUGAUAUCAGGCUUUGAUGCUCCUGAGGGCUCUGAAAAAGUGACAGAAGAUGAGUUUGACCCAAUUCCAGUGUUGAUAUCCAAAAACUCACAAGGUCUGCAGAGGGAUCCAGCCCUGUUUCCAGUUGUAGCUCUUGAGCUCUGUAAAGGACCCUCUGGCAGUGAUGGACUCCCUUCGUACAAGGGUCAGUCUGAGAUGCUGGAGGUGAAAACUCAGCACAACUCAGACUCGGACUACUUAGCAAGAGACGGUCCUUCAAGCAACAGCUCCUUCCAUAGCAGCGAAGGGGAGGGGACAGAUCAUGAAGGAGAUAUUUUGGAUUGUAGCGGGUCCAGGCCUUUACUGAUGGAUUCGGAAGAGGAGGAGGAAACCUGCAAGUUGCAGUCUGUGCCGAAGGAAAGACGUGAGGCUUCCAAAGAAGAUUCCCGCUCCCAGCCUUCCCAGAGGGGAAUAGGGGAGGUGCUGUUCCCUGCCUUCCAGCCACACACUGGAGAGGUUUUUAACGAACCGGAUGUUUUUGCCACGGCUCCUUUCCGAAGCUCGAGAAAAGUGCUUGAUGAGGUGGAUGUCUUUACCAAAGCUCCUUUCAUCUCCAAGGGCAACAGACACCCAGAAGAGACAGAUGUAUUUCUGAGAGCACCUUUCACUAAAAAAAAAAGCAUGGAAGAGUUGACUUCUCACAGUGUUCCUAAGGAACCGUUCACAUCACCCGUUUUCAUAAGCCAAACGGGUGAUGUCCCACAUGGGAUUAAUCCUGUGUUCCAAAGCCUGGAUGCAGCAAUGCGGGGGUCCGCUGCCUCAGCUAGAUCUCAGUAUCCCUCAGUGGGGUUUAUUCAGCCAAUUAAUCUUCCAUCGUCUUCCAUAAGAGCAGUGGAGACCCAGGACAGCAUCCCUCCGUGUGUGCUGAAGGAGCAUGGUGGCACGCCCAGCGAGAGAAACCAAGGAGGACACGCACUCCCCCAGGAAGCCAUCCUGGGCUCAGUGGCUAACAAGCCUUUCCGUCCACAGUCUUUGUCGAAAUAUUCCCGUCACUACAGUCCAGAAGAUGGGCAGGGUCUCGAAGUCAAACCUAUAGCUGCUUACAAAGUGGUUUCUCAGACAAACAGACAGGCCAUAGCAGGAUCUGUCUCUAUUGCUUCUCUGUCUUCCAGGACUACAGAACUACCUAGUGGGGAUCCUUUUUCUUCGGCACCCUUUCCUUCCAAAUCGGGAAAGCAAAAGCCUUAAUCUGCUGUGAGCUGGGAGGUGUGCUUCUGCCAGAAGCACCUCUCAUAGGACCUUGAACCUCUUAGUUGAACUGAACAACAUAGCAAUAUAUAUGUAUUUUUUUUCUUUUUGCCAGAAUUCUAUUUGCAGUGAUACAUAGUUGAACCAUUUUAAGUUAUGUUAGCUAGUCUGAAUGCCUGGCUCUUGGGAUCUUCGUAUCCUUUCCAGUUACUUCUUACCUCUCUCCUCUCACUGUCACUCCCCUCCCCUUAUUUUUAGAUGCUUUUCCAAACCUGUAGUAGUCCGUACUUUCUGGCUGUGGCUGGGGAAAUGCAUUAUAAGAUGAAUUACAAUGUUCAUUGAUUACAGAGCAAGUCAAGCAGGACUGGCUAGUGCUCUGGAAAGGAAACUGUUUCACAGGUUAAAGGGUUGUCAUGACUUUUUUCUUACCAAUGGGAACUUCUGGAAGAGAUGAAGGCUAGAAUAUUCCCGUUGCUGGUGAUGAUGGUAAACCUGGCAGCUGUAGCUUGAGAGUAGUUCUGUCGUGAAUUAUGUGCGUGUCCGUAGGUGAUGUGCACGCUGAGUGUAACCAUGCAGUCCAUGCCUAGCAUGAGGCUUGUGCACCGCUGACGUGAGCAGGGCAUCGGCCUCGUGCGUGCAGAGUCUCUUUGCUCGCCGUGCCGUGCACCCUGUGGAAGUGCGCCUGCCCUCGGGCCCGUUUGGGAGCCCGGAGGAGUUGGUGGAAGGACUUAAAGUGCCUUCGAUCGCUGGUCUUGCAAAAUGUCUCUCAGAUGCAUAAAUUGAAGCUGUUACUGUUGUUUGGAAAAUCAAAAGAUCAGGAAGAACUUUGACUUUUACGUGUGUGUUUUCUGUCUGGUUUAUGCCAAAGUGUAGGACCCUGAAGUUUUGCCUAUGGUGUUUUGAAGGAGAGAGCUAUGCGUUGUUACAGUAUUAAAAUAUACCCUAUGGGGAAGUACAUUAUGGAGACAACUUGGUAGAGGUCCUCAUCCUACAUACCUCAUUUGGUGUAGUUCAGCAUUGGCUGCAAUCCAGUUACACUGAUUUAUACUAGCGGAGAACUUGACUCUAUAUUUAUAGAAUCUGCCUUUGGUUUUCCUGUUCAUUAAGAUGAAGUUAAACAAAAUCUACUUGCACUCCAUUUGGUAACGUGUGCUUUACUCUAGAAAUACUGCACUUCCUGCCGUAUCCCUGAAGACACCCGCAUCUGUCACUGCUGUGAUGAAUCUCAAGAUUGUGUGUGGAGGAAACAGUCCCGAAGGUUUAGUGCAACUAUUUGUCACAUGCUGGUAGCUGGGCUGAAGCAAAGCAGACUUUAUGCCUCUCCCUUUUCAGUGAUGUAAGAUAGAGACAAGAGAGUGAAACCUCCCCUUUUCCUUUUUCAACCCCCCCUUGUCACAUAAGGUGUCUUGGAACCGCUAUUUCAGGCCAGCAAAUGCAAUACGUAAGUGUGGACUGGCUUUCAGAAUACCCAGAUACAGGGACUCGUUGGGCUCGCAGUCACUGAUGGUCCUUUGCGGUGUAGUAAUCCUUUCUCCUAACAGAUGUAGGCGCUGCAGAACGUCUCCCAGGAAAAUCUUUGUGGUCAUUUUGUUUUUAAGGGCUUGACACUUAUGGAAAAAACUCCCGUAGUUUCUCACCAAGUCUCUUAAAAGAUUGCUGUGGCUAUUUCCACAGUGAAUUUGAUCGUUAUUAUGCAAGCUGGAGCCUUGCGGUGAAGACCAAGGACACGUUAUGCCUUUAGAGCCAAGUCCGUGACUCUGAGCUUUUGGGGCUUUCGCAGGGGAAUUCUUGGAGCAACGAGUAGGCUGCGGAGAUGGGUACCAGCUGUCUAUAGAGCAGGUUUGUGCUUUGCCUUCUCUCCGACGGGCUAGUGCUCAGGGAGAAAGCACUGUGAGAGUACUGUCACGCUGAGAGGAGGAAGGGUCAGAGAUCACGCAUCUUAAUUCACUGGUUUUGCACCAGUGAAAGCUUCUGCAGCUGAAAACAGAAUUCAGUCUAGUCUCGUGGAAAAAACUGACACCACCUACCUCUAUGGCUUUGGCUGGUCUGAUGUCCAAAUAAUAGGCGUUAAAGGAUCUCAGCAGGCAUGUUAAAGAUGCACGUGAAGCGUGCUCAAACGAAGCGCGACAUUGCACACGAAGGGGAAUGCAGUCUGGGGCUGACUCACUGCUGACUUUUAAGCUGAGCGGCAUAAGGCGAGGAUGGAUGGAAAAAUCCUGACUGCCAGGAGAUGACUGGUGGAGCAUGUGCGAAUAGGGCUUACCUACUGCUCCGUAUUUCCUUUCCAGUCCCCCAACUCAGUUACUCUUCAAAACAUCUCCAACUGCAGGAGAUGAGCCAAAUGUUGCUGAUGGGCAUGCUCGACACUGGGAUUGCCUGGAAGUAAGAGGGACCUUGGACUAGAGUCUUAAAAGCCGUGAGGGUAGGGAGAGACAGUAUUUGAAAGCAGGGAGGCCAAGUUGGCUUGCACGGUUGAGUUGCUGGCAAAUAGUGGCUUGCUGAGCCCAGGUCAGGUCACGUCAUGCUGUAUGGAGCUGGUCUGCUACAUUUUGAGUUAGAGUUAAUAGCGGUGCACAUGGGUAGUUCAGAGGGUUUUUCCUGUGCUCUUCUAUCACCAACCCUAGAAAAUAGAAGUACUGUACAGAUAUUUCUGGCUUUCUCCUGAGAAGCUUCUCCAGCUAAGCAGAGACUGUUGUCUAUUCUAUAUUUUGUUGUCACUGAGUUUUCUUUUUAAAUAAAUACCUGAAAGUAACUGACCAAAUAGGUUGCUGCUGGAUUGGAUCGAUGAGAGAUGCUGAGAGUGACUGUGAUACCAAACUGUGAAAUUUGUGGGGUACAAAGGAGACCGAGCUUGAGGGCCUCGAUUCAUUUCACCAUGCAGCCUGUGUCGUGGCCACGCGUGCAGCCAGGAGACUGGAUUUGGCCCCAAGCUGUUCAGCACCCUUGGGGAGCUGAUGGAAGGCAGGUCAGACCUGGACAGUGCAGGGAUGAAUCUGUGGAGGCGAGAGAUGCUUCGCUGGAAUUGGCAGGUACAGCAUGUAAAUCAGAUGCGUGUUCAAGGUGUUUCCUCUGGUGACUGGAUUCAGCCUCUUCUUCCGUUCUUUCCUUUUUACUUGAAAAGUUGCUUUGGGAUAAUUCUGUGGAACUUCUUUGGACGCUGCGAUUCUGUUUCACGUCCACUACUUGGAAUGUCUGAAUUAGCAAAAAAAACACGGUUAAGGAAGCGAGAGGCGGCUCCCCUUCGCACUCCCGCGCGAGCUCCUUGCCCCUCUCUUACUGCUGGUGUUGGCGAGGUGGAGAUGGGAGCUGGGGGUAAUUGGGACCUAGCUAUCCGACACUGCCGAGCGAGGGAGAAAGGGAGAGUGCAAACAUGCGGCUUGGUGUUUGCAGCAAGUCACUGAUUCAGGUCUAGUUAGGCUGCACUUCCAGCUAGCGUUUUGGCAGCUUAUGUUCAUAAAGCACUUUACACAAAGAGCAAGCUAACCCUGCUCAGAAGAGCUCACGAUCCUGCCAGCAUACAUCUAGUGUUUAAAUGGUUUUAAAUACAUGGGGGGGAAGGAAGCUUGUUUGCAUCUUUGCACGUGACCUAUGAGGUAGUGUAUCUGUGGUUAUGGUCAGAAAAUUGAAUUUUAAUGUCUGUUAAUCUGACUCAUUCUAAUUUCCAACUCGUAUUCCUCCUAAUCCUGCACUGCCAGUGCUGCAGCUUUGGUGUGAUGAAUUAUAAGCAGAAAUUUCAUCCCCGCAGCUUAUGAAGCUGUAACAAUCUGAAACUUGCACCGGGAAAGGGACUGGCUCUGUUUCGUAGUCAUUGCUGACUUCAGCUCGAGUGCAGUUAAAAUCCUGUCCCUGCAGAGGGGUUGCUCAGAGUUUCUGCAUGCAAAAAAAAAAAAAAAAAAGCAAGUGGCUUGGCUCUCUGUGCUUCACCGCUGUUGUGUUUUUUCAGCGCACGUAACGGGACCAGCCGCUGUCGUGUUAACCUGCCCUUCCUGCAGUCUGGUGCAGUGUUUCCAAGACUGUAAGUGUAUCGCAGCUCCCCUCCAGCCAGCUCAGUGCUGUAGUCGUGUGUGGUAAGUGUUAAGUUUACAAUCUUAGUUUCCUGAAGCCAGCGCACACCCGAUCCGUGAUCCCGGUCUGCAGGGAGCACCUAGGAGAUGCCGAGCUUGUAGCAGCGCAGCCGGGACCGCGGUGCCUGAAGCGUGCCCCCGGUUAGACCCGAGCCAGGCUGAGAUCUGCGUGGUCCCUAAACCCUCAAUCACUCCAAAGCGAUAACUGCUUACUUUAACUCAGCUUCCACCAAAGAUGGUUGUGUUGGGGAGUUGACUUUUUUUGUUUUUUGUUUUUUAUGGUGUUAAAUCAAGGCCCUUUAGUACACCAAAUGACUCCGAAGCGUUUUCACAGCAGGUAUCUCAGCAGUGUAAUCUCGCUCCAGUGCUGAAACGCGUUCCUGGAACCUGAUCAGCUCUUUACUGUUUCUAAUAAUAAGCCAUGGCCCGUCGUUCCCAUCCUACGUGGGGUGAAGGGUGUCAUACACACCUAACUACCCCCCGUGAGGGUAGGGCAAUAACGAGCCAGCGACUGUUCCCCCCUUGCAGACCCCUGUCCCUCCCUACGAAGCACGAAGGGAUAAAUCGUUGUAUGCAAGCGUAGGGAGGGCUGGCUUUUGUGUUGUUAUAUUUUAAGUGUUGUUCUGGGUGAGGAGCUGGGAUUAGGAAACCACCAGUGGAUGCAGCUGGUGGGGAAUCGCUGCCACCGAGUCCAACAGCGAGCGAAGCUCUCGCCGCCUCUCGUGAGCCGCCGUUUCUGUGCCGAGCGGGAGGCCUGAGCCGAAGCGCCCGUGUCCCCGGCUGACUGUGACGAACAAUCUCCGCGUGUCUUUGGGUGACGUCCCCUAAGAGCAGUGUUUCGUUUGAACCGCGUUUUUGUUCGGGUAAUUCUGAGCGGUGUUGGAAAUACCUCCGACUUGCAGAUCAGUGGAGUAAAGUAUUGCACUCCAGGCAUGAUCAUCUGUUUCUGAUAAUCUUCAUGAAGAAAUGUUCAAGUUGUAAACUUAUGUACAUUUUAUUAAAACUGUAUCUGAUUAAAAUGCA